AUGGAUGACACUCCACCUCCACCUCCACCAAAAAUCGAGACUAAUUCUCCCUUCUACCUCGGACCCCAAGACCGUCCGGGUGACUUCAUAACCUCCCAAAGACUUAAACUUGAUAAUUACAAUGAAUGGUCACAUGCAAUUUUUAUAGCAUUGUCAUCGAGGCGUAAAUUUGGUUUUCUCGAUGGCACCAUAACAAGCUAUGCUCCCCCCUGCACUAAAGAUGAUUGGAUCACGAUACACUGUAUGCUCGUAUCGUGGCUUAUGAACACUAUUGCCCCAGAGGUCCGUUCAAUGCUCUCGUACUACGACAAUGCUAAGAAGUUAUGGGACGAUUUGCAAGAACGAUUUGGCCUUGUGAAUGGCCCUCGUAUUCAACAAUUAAAAUCGGAAAUCAGUCGAUGUGAACAGCCCAAAUCAAUGUCAGUUGCGGUUUAUUACAGCAAGUUAUCGGUCUUAUGGGAUGAGCUAGAUAAACAUGAGCCAUUGAUAGGUUGCAAGUGCGGCAAGUGUAUGUGUGAUGUGGGGAAGCAGCACGCUGCUAGACGUGAUGGUGAUCGUCUACAACAAUUUUUGCUUGGGCUAAAUUCUUAUUUCUAUGCCGCACUACGCUCCACUCUCCUCUCUCAAGACCCUUUACCCUCCUUGAAUCGAGCAUAUCAAACCAUUGCUCAAGAGGAGCGUGUGCGAGGCAUUGCUAGCCAUAAAGAAGAACCUCCCGAAGCGGUUAGCUUUGCGGUUCGAAUGGAGAACAACUCCAAGCCUCGUCUUUCCCGUGCCGAGAGAGCAGCUUUAGAGUGCACACAUUGCCACAAAAAGGGUCAUGAUGCUACCACUUGCUUCGACAAACAUGGCGUCCCCUCUUGGUACAUCGAGAAAUAUGGCUCGAAAGAAAAUAAUAGGGGGGCUGGACGAGGCAGAGGUGCGCCACUCAAGGCCAACGCCACCCCUGCCCCUGCAGCAGCCAGCACGGCCCCUGCCACCAUGGCUGCCCCGAAUCUCACCCCUGAACAGUGGCACGCUCUCAUGGCUGUUUUGGGUAAUUCAUCCCCAAUAACCAACCGUGUGAAUGGUAAGUGGAUCGUGGAUACCGGUUGCUCCCAUCAUGUAACCGGCGAUCUUUCUUGCUUGGUUGAAGUUCAUGAUGUCCCGUCUUGCAACGUUGGUCUUUCGGAUGGCCAAAGUGUUGUGGCCAUGAAAGAAGGAGUUGUAAAUUUGACAGACAAAAUCACUCUUUAUAAUGACCAACGCACGAGGGAGGUGAUUGGCACGGGUGAUCUAAGAGAUGGACUAUACUAUUUUCGAGAGGAGGCAUCCAUAGCGGUCGUUUCUAUUGAAGACUCAUCCAACUUGAAACUUUGGCAUAAAAGAUUGGGGCACCCUUCCGAGAAAGUUGUAAAAGGUGACAAAUUUGCAAGUCGUAGUCGUAAAUGUGUCUUUGUUGGUUAUCCUUUUGGGAAGAAAUGA